AUGCAUGGAGAAAGAAGAGAGAGUGAGCGCUACCCAAAACCAAAGGAGAAGAAGAAAACAUUGGAGCCGAGGCAUGAAAAUGUCUUUAAGGAUAUCAACUCCAUCUUACUUCCAACCUUUGAUGAAUAUGGAGCUGAAGAGGAGACUAAUGGUGCACCUAAUCUCUUUCACAAGAUAAGAAUCUUUACACCAAAAGAUUCGGAGCUUAAAGGUGACCAAUCCAUUGAAGAGAAGCUUGAGAGAACUAUGAAGCUUUUCCCCAAGGCAUUGGUUUUCAAAGAUGAUGUGAGAGAUGACUAUGGCGCGACAACACCACCACAAGAAUCCACUAACCGGAGAAUGGAGAAGCUAAAGGGAUCCUUUGCCCUUCAGCCACUCUUCACCACGAUUGAAAGAAAGAAAAGGAGUCAAGCUAAAUGA